UAAAACUACCAUCAAGCGUCACGGCAUUGAAGGUGGUCCAAACACGACUAAGUUAUCAACAAUGUUUGAUGUGGAGCCAAUUCUUGCUGAUCACAAAGAUGUUAUACACGACGUCGUAUUUGAUUAUUAUGGACGACGCAUGGCGACUUGCUCCAGCGACCAAACAGUAAAAAUUUGGGACGAAGACGAGCACGGCAAAUGGAAAGUGGCGAGCAGCUGGAAGGCGCACUCUGGUUCUAUUUGGCGCGUGUCAUGGGCGCAUCCUGAAUUUGGCCAAGUGGUUGCCACAUGUUCUUUUGAUCGAACGGCAACCGUUUGGGAAGAGGUAAUCGGUGACAAAGUGAACACGACGACGACCACCGUCCCACCCACGCGCAGAUGGGUAAGACGCGCUACGCUUGUUGACUCUCGGACUAGCGUCACAGAUGUGGAAUUCGCGCCAAAAUAUCUUGGACUGCUGUUAGCCACUGCGUCUGCAGAUGGAAUAAUCCGGAUAUAUGAGGCACCGGACAUCAUGAAUCUAUCGCAAUGGCCAGUACAGCAUGAAAUUGCCAAUAAAUUUCCACUUAGCUGUUUGUCGUGGAACACAUCCACUUACAUGGUUUCGCAACUGUUGGCGGCUGGCAGCGAUGAAACGGCCACGCCAACAGGCAAAGUGUUUCUCUUUGGCUAUAGCGAGAAUGCGCGCAAAUGUGUUAAAAUGGAGACUAUUAACGACAUAACAGAUCCAGUUACUGAUGUGGCUUUUGCGCCAAAUGCAGGGCGUACUUUUCAUAUGUUGGCUGUGGCUAGCAAGGAUCUCUAUAUUGUAAACAUUCGCGGUUUCACAGACUCAAGUGGCAACUCAAAACUUGAUCUUCAAACUGUUAAAUUCAGCGAUCAUAACUGUCCAGUUUGGCGCGUCUGCUGGAACAUGCUCGCUACAAUGUUAAUUUCAACCGGCGAUGACGGCUGCGUGCGCAUAUGGUGCAUUAACUAUUCUAGACAGUGGAAAUGUGCUGCCGUGCUCAAGGCAGAGGGCGGUGGACCUACGUAUGAACCAACGUUACCGACGCCAUCACUAGCCAAUACUGCGUCAGCCACUGCUAAGUUUUACAAAAAAGGCACAAUCGGUAAUCAAGUACCGUGGCACUGAUAUAUAAUGUGUGUUACUGUUUUAAAUAAAGGCUAAAGUUAAA